AUGAGAAACAUGAUAUUCUUAGUGAUGUUGGUUUCAACUACUCUUUCAAGUCAUAGAGUUGAUGGAAGUGAUAUUACAUUGAAAGAACAUUUUGAGUUUGAGAGACACCUCAAGCUUAUUAAUAAGCCUCCUAUAAAGAGUAUUCAGACAGAGUUUGGAUACAUAGUAGAUUGUAUUGAUAUUAAAAAUCAAUCUGCUUUUGAUCAUCCUUUGUUAAAAAAUCAUAAAUUACAGAUCCGACCAAGUUUUUACUCAAAAAAGAAAGAAAUAGGUGUGAAUAUUUUACCAACUAAAAUAAGAUUUGAACUUGACCAAAUCGUCUGUCCUAAAGGAUCUGUUCCGAUUAGAAGGACAACAAAAGAAGAUCUCAUUCGAACUAAAUCUUUAUUGAAUAAUAAUAUUUUAGUUAAACGCGCUGCUCAUAAAGCGGAAGUAUAUAUUAAACCUUUAUAUGGUGAAAAUUAUUAUGGAAUAAGUGGAACUACUAGUGUUUAUAAUCCAAAGUGUAGCAUUGCUCAAGCAAGUGCAUCUAAUCUAUAUGUCCGAAAUGGAGAAGGAGACGCUGUUAAUGAAAUUACUGUUGGAUGGCAUGUAUUUCCCCAUAUAAAUGGUAAUGAUCGAACAUUUGCUUAUGCAACAUGGACAUCAGAUAAUUAUGUAAAAACGGGAUGCUAUAAUACGCAAUGUCAAGGUUUUGUCCAAACCCACCGUCAAUAUCACAUUGGUGCACCUGUGCAAAAGACAUCUGUUUACGGUGGAGAGAUGGUAGACAUGCCAAUUAGUAUUGAUCAAGACGAAAAAUCUAAAAAUUGGUGGAUAACAAUUAACGGUAAACCAGUUGGAUAUUAUCCGCAAGCUUUAUUCAGCAACUUGAAAGAAGCUGUUCAAGUGGGAUGGGGUGGGGGGACAAUAGCUAUCGGUGUUCCUAGCCCUCAAAUGGGAUCCGGAUCUUUUCCUGAUGAGAAUUUUGAACAUGCAUGUUAUUUUAAAAACAUUGGAUAUAAAAAUGGAACUAAUUCUCAGUAUUAUGGACCUGAGCAUUAUGCGGCAGAAACUUACCAUGAUGCCCCUGAAUGCUUUGGAGUUGAGUACUAUGACAAACAAAAAAGUCCGUACGGAUAUUCUCUUCAAUUUGGAGGACCGGGUGGCCAAUGUGGAGAUAAUAUAUAG